AUGUCAGCACCGUCAGAAGCAGACCUUGCGGUGUCACGCCUAUGGAAAGGAUAUGCAGUUGCCGACGAAGAGAUCAAUAUGACACUGGACGAGUUCAAGCAGCAGUUUGCACGCGCUGGAUCUGUCGUCGACCGCGCCUCGCUCGGAUUCUGGGCUCAUCUUCGUAAUGAUCCAGCGACCUCAAUCUACGUCUAUUUUUGCGAUGAGCGCAGCUUUACUACAGUGUCUGACCGACUCAACAGACUAUUGGGUAUUCUAGAUGAGAAGAAUAUCGUGCGAGGGAUCAUCAUCUAUCCAAAUGUGCUCACCCCGGCUGCGCGAAAGGUUCUCACCGGGAUGCCCCAAUAUCAACUGGAAGAGUUUGCCGAAACGGAACUACUUGUGAACAUCACUCAGCACACACUAGUCCCCCAACAUGAGAUUCUUUCCCCCGAGCAGAAGCGGCUACUUCUAGAGCGAUAUCGUCUGAAGGAGACCCAACUUCCACGCAUCCAGCUAGGUGAUCCAGUCGCACGAUACUACGGUCUUCGACGAGGACAGGUUGUCAAAAUCACAAGGCCGAGCGAAACAGCAGGCCGCUACGCGAGCUAUCGCAUCUGUUUCUAA